AUGCCUAACAGCGGAGAAAACGCAAGUGAUGAAACGAGUGCGCGUAACGAAGUGCCGUUUGCAGCUCACGCUAUCGCUAUCAAAAUACCGCCUUUCUGGCCCGAAAAAAUAUCCUUGUGGUUCAGGCAGCUCGAAGCACAAUUUUCAAUCGCGAAUAUAACUAAAGACUCAACGAAAUUCGGGUAUGUGCUCGCGAAUCUCGAGCCCAGAUACGUCGAAGAGGUCGAGGACGUAAUCGAAGAUCCUCCUGAAAGCGGCAAAUAUGAAGCCUUAAAAAUCGCUCUGACAAAAAGACUUUCCGAUUCUAGUAGCAUACGCGUCAGAAAAUUUCUUGAAGGCGAAGAAAUUGGAGACCGUAUACCAUCUCAGUUUCUGCGCCAUCUAAAGAAUCUCGCAGGUACAUCGGUAAAAGAAGAUUUUUUACAAAAUUUGUGGUUAACGCGUUUAUUAGUCUCCACGCAACACGUCAUGGCCGGCAUGAGGGAUAAACCUUUGACAGAAAUGGCUGAGAUAACUGACCGUGUUCACGAGAUUCGACCUGAAAAAGGAAGAGUUGAUACAAUUGAUCACAGCGGAGAUAAGCGCUAUCAACAAGCCACGAAAUCGUCGCGAACGUUCCCAGUCCCGUGGGAGAGGAUACUCGCGAUCUCGAAAUCAGUCGCGCAACCGCGAAAAAAUGGCAGACUCUGA